ACAUGGGCAAUUGGAAUUCACAUUCACGAGGAUCAAAGAAAAGCCAGCAUUCGGCUGUACAUGGCAGAGGAGUUCCGAAUAGGUUUCGGCGACGCCGUGGAAUGAUCAGUCAGAUGUCUUUAGGGUUAGGGGCUUUGUCCGAUAAAUCAAUGAUGUACGGUCCUGGGCUGAUGACUUCCGGUAAUGCUCCCGGAAGUAACUUUGCCGGAAGUGGCGGAAUGUCGUCCAUGACUUCCGGACCUUUUGCUAACAAUGGUAUGUCAGCAUCGAUGUUUCCGGCGGGUUUGUCAACUAGCGAUAGAGGAAUUCCAAGUGGUUUAUCUAACGCCAACUCCGGAAUGUCACCAUUUUCCGGUUCUUCAUCAAUGAAAGGUGGUUCGAAUCGGUCUCCCCUCAACAUGGCAAUGCUUUCGAUGCAAAGUCAGGCAAACUUGUCACCCUCUAUGGGCGGAUCUACGUCACUGAAUUCCAGAUCUUCGAUCAGCAGUAAAAGCAGAGAUUAUUCGGGAAAAUUAGAACCAAGUCUCAUCUUCGGCGACACGGCCUCCAUCCAAUACAUCCACGGUAAAAUCAUCAUUCCAAAGAAUUGGUCCAUGGAAAAAGUGAAUCAGUUAAAAGCAAAACUCGACAAUGGUGUAACCAACAAACAGAAGUCGAAUUGUCCUAAUCCUGUAUCAAACUGUCCCAAAUCAUGUAUUGUGUUUAGCGACAACGGAUGUCCCGUCUGUUCUUGCAAAGAUGAAAUAUGUCCAGUUUUCCCGGCCGGAUGUCGAAAAGGACGCGUGCGUAUAGACAAAGACGGUUGCCCUGUGUGUGAUUCAAAAGAUCUGAACCACGACUGGUACAACACAAUUUGGGACAACUCCUGAUUAUGUAAUAAACAAAUGAGAGCCAUCAUAAAAAAA